UGCAAAUCUCGCCUCAGACGCUGUUGCUCAGGUUAGCUGUAGGCGUUGUGCAGGCGUCUCUUCUCAGCGCCAGCGACGCUGUUUUUAUCACAAGCUGACCAGCGUAAUUAAUUGAACAUGCCAUUGUUUGAGGUUCUGGGCAGCGGAGGAGAGAAAACAGCCGUGGUCAUUGAUUUAGGAGCCGCAUAUACAAAAUGUGGCUUUGCUGGUGAGACUGGGCCCAGAUUUAUCAUCCCUAGUGAGAUCCAGCGCCCUGGCAUACAACAGCCUGUCAAAGUGGUGCAGUUCAACAUAAACACAGAGGAGCUGUACACCAACCUGAAGGAUUUCAUUCACAUGUUGUACUUCAGGCAUUUGCUUGUAAAUCCACGUGACCGCAGAGUUGUGAUUAUUGAAUCCAUCCUCUGCCCUUCACACUUCAGAGAAACACUGUCCAAGGUCUUCUUCAAGCACUUCGAGGUUCCUUCAGUCCUCUUUGCUCCCAGCCAUCUAAUGUCUGUUAUGACUUUGGGUAUCAACUCAGCACUUGUGAUGGAUUGUGGAUAUACAGAAACUUUGGUGUUACCAGUUUAUGAAGGAAUCCCUGUCCUCUCUGCCUGGGAAGCCUUGCCGAUGGGUGGAAAAGCCAUUCACAAGGAAUUGGAAAGUCUACUGACAGAGCAAUGUACAGUGGAUACAGACUCAGGAACUGGUCAAAGUUUACCCACUGUGUUAGGCCCUGUCCCAGAGGAAGUUGUUGAAGAUAUCAAAGUUAGAACAUGCUUUGUCAGUGACCUGCAGAGAGGCCUGAAAAUCCAGGAGGCCAAGUUCAACAUGGAUGGAACUGCAGAGAGACCUGCUCCUCCACCUGAUGUUGAUUAUCCCUUGGACGGAGAGAAGAUUCUGCACAUUAAGGGGUCAAUUAGAGACUCAAUCGCUGAGAUGCUGUUUGAACAGGACAAUGAAGAAAAGUCUAUUGCUACUCUAGUGCUUGACACUCUGGUUAAGUGCCCCAUUGACACACGGAAAGUUCUGUCUGAAAACUUGGUGGUAAUUGGUGGGACAUCCAUGUUACCUGGCUUUCUUCAUCGCCUCCUGGCUGAGAUCCGUUUGCUGGUGGAGAAGCCCAAAUACUGUGAUGCUCUAGCUACCAAGAGCUUUCGCAUUCACAGCCCUCCAGCCAAGCCUAACUGCACUGCAUGGCUAGGAGGGGCUAUAUUUGGAGCAUUGCAAGACAUCUUGGGUAGUCGAUCAGUGUCCAGAGACUACUACAACCAGACAGGCCGCAUUCCUGACUGGUGCUCCCUCAGCAGCCCUCCACCAGAAUCACUGUAUGACCCUGGAAAGACACCCCCACCACUCAUGAAGCGGGCCUUCUCUACAGAGAAAUAAUCCACAAGUCUCAUUUUCUGAGACUGAUAUUUAGUUGCAGCCUCAAAACCUAUGCUUCCUACCUGACCUCUCUGUCUUUUGUCUCUGGUUAUGUAUGGCCGUUGCAUUUAACUUGUGAUUUUGAAGUAACCAAAAUCACCAACAUCAAGAGGAAGAACCACUAGGGGGCAGUCAGUAUCACAGUGAACUCUGUGUGAGAGCUAACGGUUAUGAUUUCACCUCAGCUUUGUGACACAGAAGUUUAAGCAAAUUAUUAAAUAAUGAAAGUAAGUAGAAAAGGUCUUCUCUGUGAACACUCUGAGCUUCUUAGCUUAUGAACUCCUGCAGUGACUGAAAUACGGUAAUUUCAUAGAUACAGUUGAGGAUUGUGACAGCAUUAUUAAGAAUAUUUUUCAUUGCAUGUGUAUUUUCACUGCUUUAGAAAUUGUUACAUUGUCUUACUUAUGUUUAAUUUAUUUACAUUAAAGACAAAAAAUACCAGAGAAGAUAUUGACUCAUGUAUAUUAACAAAAAUAAACAUUCCCAAACAAUU